ACUCUUGCAAAACAAAAACGUGAGCGAAAUAACCUAAAAUUUUGUAACCACCACUGUUUCUUCAGUGUGUUCUCUUCCUUCAAGUUAUAUUUAAUUAAAAGGAAAUACAUUGACAUUAAUUUCUUGUUAUGGCAUGAAGCUAAAUUUUCGAUUUCAUUGAAAAGUAGUUAUCUGUAUUUUAAUUUUCCUCCUCAUUCAACGAUCAAGAGAGCAAGAUGUCGUCGUGGAAGAAGGCAUCCAAGACUAAUCAGAAAACACACAGAGAACGACACCAACCCGAAGCAAGAGCGCAUUUGGGUCUCCUAGAAAAGAAAAAGGACUACAAGAAACGCUCGAAUGACUACCACAGGAAACAGAAAAUUCUAAAAAUACUGAGGAAAAAAGCUCUGAACAAGAAUCCAGACGAAUUCUAUUUCCACAUGAUCAAUUCCAAAAUGCUUGCAAGUGGCCACAAGGAGAAGAUCAAGCCAGAUACGCAUACUCCGGAACAACUGAAGAUUAUGGAAACGAAAGAUUUGAAGUAUGUCAACUACAAAAGAACUAUAGAGCACAAGAAAAUCGACAAAAUGCAAUCGACUCUGCAUUUGCUGGAUUCGGCGAAUCAGGUUAGAAACAAUCACACGUUCUUCGUUGAAUCGACCGAUGAAGUGAAGAAUUUCAACCUAGCUGCCCGUUUGGACACGCAUCCCUCGCUUCUCAACCGGAAGACGAAUCGCAUUCGAAAUAGUGACCUGCAAAAACUCAAUCUUCCAGACGUCAGCAGUGAAGCGCUCCAAGAAAAGAAAAAGAUCUACAACGAAUUGGAAAAACGUUUGAAUCGUGAAAAAGAACUGUCAAUAAUUCAGCAGAAACUUGAAAUCAAGAAAUUUCUGAAAGACAAAACUGCUAAGAAACCCAAGCAAAUCAAGCCUGGUACCAAGGAUGCGCCUCCUGUUUACAAGUGGGAGUAUAAGAGGAAAAAGUAAAAUGUUUUUUGGUAAAGUAUAAUAAAAUUAUUAUUCUUCUAC